AUGGAGGUGAAGGACCUUGACCACGAUUGCUUCCUAGUCAGUUUGGACAAUGAACAGGACUACUACCGUGCACUCACAGAUGGCCCUUGGGUUAUCUACGAUCACUAUCUGGUGGUUCAACAAUGGUCUCCCCGUUUCAAGGCUUCGGACCCGCUGCCGAAGACGAUGAUAGUCUGGGUGCAACUGCCUGCUCUGAAAAUUCAUUUCUAUCAUAGAGAGAUCUUGACCAGCCUGGGGAACCUUAUUGGAAGAACAAUCAAGCUUGACUACCACACUCUCACCCAGCAGCGUGCAAAAUUCACUCGAUUAGCGGUCGAGGUUGACUUGACAAAACACCUGGUGCCCCGGAUUUGGUUGGACGAUGAGUGGCAGACAGUGGAAUACGAGAAUUUACCAGAGGUGUGCUUCAAGUGCGGGAAGAUCGGGCAUGACCGGAGUCUCUGCCCGGAGAACCAACCAGGGCCUACGCUGGCCUUGCCGACAGGUGGAGGGUCCCUUCCCAACUUGGCGAUCUCACCGGAAUUGACUCCAGCAGCGUCGCCGGCGGACAGCAAUCCGGGCUUUGGACCAUGGAUGCUGGUGACUAGGAAAAACCGGCGUAAUUCCAGGGAAGCACCUAGAAAAGGAAAUUUUGAGAGUGAUACAGGGAAAUCUAAUAAGGAAGGUCUUCCCCAGAGGGGGAAAGGAGGAGCGGAUACAAUUAACCCUCCCCAAAACUUGCCUUUACAAAAGAAUCUCAAUGGCCCGUUACCUCUGUCAGCGGCAUCUCCUGAGCAGAAAUCCCUAAAUGGUAAGAAAGGAAAUUCGGAGGCGAAACGCGGCAAAGAAAAGGCUGGUACGGAUGCGUCCGGGAAAGGAAAGGGAGUCCUUGGGCCAAGGCCCGAUCUUCAGAAGGCCGUCAAUCCCUCCGGCCCGUCCAACUCCUUCAAUGGGGCCUCUUCUUCAUCUACCAAGACGGGCUCUCAGCCCACGGCGUCCCUGGGGCCAGAACCACUUGGCCUUGGACCGACAGGCGAUGUGAAGGCAGCGGUUGUUCUCCCCCCCCCCACCCUUUGUAUGUACAGUAACCGGGGAGAACGGCACCGUUUUGCAAAUCAUUGA